AUUCAGUGUUGGACGCGGACGUACACUCGUAGACUUGCCGUAGACGUGCUACGCUGCUACGAUAUAUUGUUGGGUGCAUUCAUGGCGGGUAUUUUCGUUUUCGUAUUUAAACUUUAAUAUUAUUAAGUUUAAAAUAAUGUCAAACGACGCACAGUCAACAAAAAUGGACGCGGGCUCGUCGCGCUCGUGGUUUCGUAGUGCUGACGAUGUCAAAAUUGAGUUUGGGUUCGGUGUUCCCCUCGGAGCUAUGUCUGCGCAUCCGGCAUUUCAUUCAGCCUGGGAUGUUGGUUGCCCAAGCUCCGGAUUUCAUCACAUGGCCAGAAUGAUGGACCGCAUGAUGGUGGAAAGCAUGCAGCCCUUCGGUUUUGCUCGGGUGAUGAGCACACGCGGUGAUAGAAAGGGUGAUCAGCCACCAAGAGAUGGCCUGAGGUCAGACAGGAGCGAAGCAAGAAGGGAGAGAGCUAAAAAUCCUCAUACACACGUAGGAAAUGGUACCAAACAUCCACCCACGCAAGUUGUUCGCCCGACGCCAGUCAAUAAGUUCCAAGAGACAUCAUUCGACCAAACACAAACCAAACCGACUGAUCCUACCACAGAAAAAUGGGCGACUACGCUUCGUAAGAGAGACCCUGACAUACAGCCAUCGUUACCUUCGAUUGUCACCCGAAAAGCCUCCUCCAGCUCAAUGGGCAGUGGAAGAAAGACCCGGUCAGUUGACAGGGCACCACGAAGACGUCACUUAGUUCCAAUUAAGCCGGUUCAACGGAAGUCAGAUGUGUCUGCUGAUGGUGAUGCAUUACUGGAGCGUGAUGAGAAGGUCUUUGAUGCGACAGGAUACGAAAUUCAUUUAGUGGAAACCCUUGAAAGAGAUAUACUGCAGAGGAAUCCGGAUGUUCGCUGGAAAGAUGUGAUCGGGUUGGAUGAUGCGAAGUCUGUUCUUCAAGAGGCAAUGGUUCUUCCGCUUGUUAUGCCUGAUUAUUUCAAGGGUAUCCGUCGUCCGUGGAAAGGCGUGCUACUCACAGGACCACCUGGGACUGGAAAGACAUUGUUAGCUCGUGCUGUCGCUACCGAGUGCAGAACAACAUUCUUCAACGUGUCCUCUGCUACCCUUACAUCUAAAUACCGUGGUGAUUCAGAGAAACUUGUUCGAUUGCUUUUUGAUAUGGCCGCCUUCUAUGCUCCAAGCACGAUAUUUCUAGAUGAAGUGGAUUCGCUGUGUGCGGUCCGCGGUGCUGAUUCUGAACACGAAGCCUCUAGACGUUUCAAAGCUGAACUGCUCAUACAAAUGGAUGGACUCGCUGCUCCAUUUAAUCAAGACAAAGUGGUGAUGGUCCUGGCCGCAACCAACCACCCGUGGGACAUCGACGAAGCCUUCAGGCGACGAUUUGAGAAGAGGAUAUAUGUAGGCCUUCCUGAUGAAUCGACAAGAGUAAAAUUGCUGAAACUAUGUCUCCGAGAGGUGGCGCUAUCUGAUGAUGUAAAUCUUCCUGAUCUCGCUGUUAAUUUGGAAGGCUACAGUGGAUCUGACAUUUGCAAUUUAUGCAGAGAUGCCUCGAUGAUGACAAUGCGGCGAAAGAUCGCCGGUAAAACUCCUGAAGAAAUUCGUCGCUUUAAGCGCUCUGAGCUGGAAGCUCCAGUCUCCAAGACGGAUUUAGAAACCGCUGUAGAAAAAACCAGACGCACAGUCACUCAGGCUGAUGUAGCGCGAUACUCAUCUUGGAUGCAGAAGCAUGGUUGCUCCUAGCGACGCGCUAAAGCGCUUAAAGCGCUUCUUCGACUUAUGAAGACCUCAUAAACUGUGUCUAUGUUUGCUUCGGUUACCAUAGCAACGAUAGAAUCGCCCUCGUAACAGUUACUUUUACUAAAGAUUGUCACAUCGUGAUUGGCUUUAAAAGAAUUAAUAUAAUUGAAUCGGAAAAUAUAUUUGAGACAAAGACAAAAAUCAUAAUUCUUUGAAAUUUCUCUUGUAAUUAAAGCAACAUGGCAACAUUCCAUAACUACGGACAAGCUUUUUGUUUUCCACUUAAUGUAAUUGACUCCAUACAUAAUUUAAUUACAAAUAUUGUGAAUCACAAAUGUUUAUAAAAACCUUAAAGUGUUGCUAUGGUAACCGUUAACAUUCCAGAUAUUUUAACAUCAUAUAAAACAAUUUCGAUAGCAUCUCGCUCAAAAUCGUUUGAAAUAGUUAUGACGUUGAGGUCUUCGAAAGUGUAAACAGUGAAAAAGGACGCAAUUUGGUUGACGACAAAAUGUCGGGUAUUUAGGGAGUUUAUAUGGUAAAGCUUUUGAUAAAUGUGUUAACAGAUAAUAAACAAAUUGUGUGAAUGUUGUGACUGUUGUGAAUACUUUUAUAGUAGUUUAACUAUGUACUUUAUAUUAACAUAAAAAUUGUAAUUUAUAUGUUUAUUCUUCAUCUAAUAAAAUGGGUUUCUCAAUUCAUUAAGAUUAUAUGGAUUAAAUUAAUAUAAAACUAUAUAUUAUAUUAGUAAUUGCAAAACUUCUAGUGCGAACUGAAGAUGUAUUAAAGCUACUCGUAAAGCCUUUAAAGUAAGAUUCAGUUUGAAUUUCCACUCACAGAAGUAAUGCGAUUACAACUACAUUUAAUGGAAAUAAAAGUCACUUCUAUAAAA